AUGAAUGACACUGACACACUCUCCGAUAUUUUAUCAGGACGCCGACCAAUAUCCUUAUCCUUAUACGCUGUCGGAGGUAUUAUUAUCGCGACUAUAAUACUAACCUGCUGCUGUACUGUAUGGAUAAGAAAAAAGUGCGCGAGACUCAUUAAUAAGUUCAGAUGGAGAAAGAAGAAAGAGAUCUAUGUUUCUCCCGAUAUCGAGGAAGGACGAAAAAAGAGAGUGAAAAAUUUGCGGAAAAAGAAGAGAAGGAUUCUUUCGCCAGAAGUGAUGCAGACGGAGGUCACCGCGCCGAUCAUCCCGAAGGAGCGGGAGAUAUCGGAAAAUGGAUCGCCGACUCCUUGUUACAAAUGUUUCAGAAAAAAGAAGAAAAGACCCAAGAGACAGACACGAUGA